CUCCUCCUCCUCCCCUCACGCCGGGGCCGGGGGAGAAGGGCGGCCGCGGCGGCGUUGGAGAAGACGAUUCAUCGCCCUUUCUGGCGGCGGUAGAUUUGAAGGUCGGAGGCGGGGCCGAGGGAGCGAGCGGAGUAUAGACACAGAGAAGUCAUGGGAAUAAAAGUCCAGCGUCCUCGGUGCUUUUUCGACAUAGCCAUCAACAAUCUACCUGCGGGAAGAGUUGUCUUUGAGCUGUUCUCCGAUGUCUGCCCCAAAACAUGUGAGAACUUCCGUUGUCUUUGCACAGGUGAAAAGGGCACAGGAAAAUCAACUCAGAAGCCAUUACAUUAUAAAAGUUGCUUGUUUCACAGAGUCGUAAAAGAUUUUAUGGUUCAAGGUGGUGACUUCAGUGAAGGGAAUGGACGGGGUGGUGAAUCAAUUUAUGGUGGAUUUUUUGAAGAUGAGAGUUUUGCUGUUAAACACAACAAAGAAUUUCUGCUCUCAAUGGCCAACAGAGGAAAGGAUACUAACGGUUCUCAAUUUUUCAUAACAACUAAACCUACACCUCACUUAGAUGGGCACCAUGUGGUUUUCGGACAAGUCAUCUCUGGUCAAGAAGUUGUACGAGAAAUAGAAAAUCAGAAAACAGAUGCUGCAAGCAAACCAUUUGCUGAAGUACGGAUACUUAGUUGUGGAGAGUUAAUUCCUAAAUCCAAAGUCAAGAAAGAAGAGAAAAAAAGGCAUAAAUCAUCUUCCUCAUCCAGUGAUUCAGAAAGCUCAAGUGAUUCAGACUCUUCCUCUGACUCCUCUUCUGAUUCAGAGAGUGCUUCGGAAGAGAAGUCAAAAAAAAGAAAAAAGAAACACAAGAAAAAUUCCCGAAAACAUAAGAAAGAAAAAAAGAAGAGAAAGAAAAACAAGCGAAGCUCAUCUAGUGAAAGCGAAGAUGAAAAUCCUGAAGCACAGCCACUCUCUACUGUCCGUCCAGAGGAGAUCCCUCCAAUUCCUGAAAACAGGUUCCUGAUGAGAAAAAGUCCUCCCAAAGUAGAUGAGAAAGAAAAGAAAAACAGAGAGCGAGAGAAAGAGAGGGAAUGUAAUCCAUCUAACUCCCAAGCGUCUUCAUACCAGAGGCGUCUUUUAGUAACAAGGUCUGGAAGGAAAAUUAAAGGAAGGGGGCCACGGCGCUAUCGAACACCUUCCAGAUCCAGAUCAAGGGAUCGUUUCAGGCGGAGUGAAACCCCUCCACAUUGGAGGCAAGAGAUGCAAAGAGCUCAAAGAAUGAGGGUGUCAAGCGGUGAAAGAUGGAUCAAAGGGGAUAAGAGCGAAAUGAAUGAAAACAAAAAAGAAAAUCAAAAGAGUCCAGGGAGAGGAAAAGAAAGAAAAAUGUCUGAUCACAGACAUGCCUCUGAGAGCCCAAAUAGAAGGAGUGAAAAGGAAAAGAAAACUAAAGACCAUAAAUCCAACAGCAAAGACAGGGAAACAAGGAGAAAUUCAGAAAAAGAUGAUAAGUAUAAUAGAAGUAAAGCUAAGAAAAGGGGCAAAUCUAAAAGUCGGAGUAAAAGCAAAGAGAAAUCAAAAAGUAAAGAGAGAGAUUCAAAGCAUAACAGACAUGAAGAAAAGCGUAUGAGGUCAAGAAGCAAAGAAAGGGAUCAUGAAAAGGAGAAAGAGAAAGAUAAGCACUCUGAUUCUCGAGGCAGAGACCGAGAAAAGAGUAGAAGUAAAGAGAGGUCUAAACGGGCAGGAUCUAAAAGCAAUGAACACGAUCAUACUAAAAAUAAAGAUAGGGACAGACACGCAAAAUCAAGGAGUAGGGAACGUGAACAAAAUAAAGGAAAACACAGCUCCAGUAGUAGAACGAGGGAACGCAGUAGAAGUAGGGACAGAGGAAGAAGAGGCAGGUCUAGGAGCAAAGAACGGGACCGUAGUAGAAGUAAAGAGUACUACAGGAACAGAGACAAGGAUUCCAGAAGAAGAGGAAGAUCGAGAAGUAGAGAGAGGAAAAGAACACCUGAAAAAUCUAGAAGUAAAGAAAGCAGAAGAAGAAGAGAUUCGAGGAGCUCGGAGAGAGAAGAAAGUCAAAGACGAAGCAAGGAAAAAAAUCGAAGCUAUGAAAGCAAGAGUUCACACAGAAAAGACAACAAUGAAAAUGAAAAAAGGAGGCGCUCAAAAAGCCGGGAUAACAGCAGCCCUGAGAGCAAUAAAGAAAAAAAGGCAGAUAGAGAUCAAAGUCCUAGUUCAAGAAAAAUACAAAACAAUAAGGACAGAGAAUCAAAAGCAUCUGGGUAUAAAAAUAAGGAUAAAGAGAAGACCAGAUCCUCAGUGGAAAAAGAAAUCAACCAAAAAUCAAAGAGUCAAGAGAGAGACCAAGCCCAUAUUAAGGAUAAAAAAUCUGAUCAUGAAUCGAGCCCUGGAACAGAUGAAGGCAAAAAUGGAUGAGUGAGUUGUAUGAACUUCUGUCCCUUCUGUCUCUUUUUAAGUUCUAGAGACUUGCUGGAGAACAUCUUUAUGCGCGCCCCCUCCCACCCUCACCCCUUAUUUCCCUUUAUUGUUUUUGGGUUUUGUUUUGGUUUUUUGUUUUUUUUUUAAUGUGGACUUCAUUACGUUUGAUCUUUUGAUAAUCUACAACCUGGAUAAUUUGUACUGCUAAAGUUUUAAUAAACUUGAAAUGAGAAAAAAAUCAGUGUAAUACUGUGUGCUGUAUUUAACUUUCAUUUCAUAUCUUUUUGUGUUGCAGCAGCUACAUGAUUCUUAUUGUGUUUAAACCACAUCUUAAAACUAGUCUGUUCAAUCUGUUGGAAAUCAGUAUAACUGUUUAUUGCAAUAGUAUUUUUGCAGGUGUCUGCAUUUCUCAUAUGUUAGGUUCAAGAAAAGUUUGAUAGAUAUUUCUGGUUGCAUUAAAUAUGGUGGUACAGUUUUUUAGUGUUCAUGGUAGAGGCUUUAAAGUUCUUUAAAUUUCAAGGAAGGAAGGUUGGAAUCAAGGAAGAUCUUGACCUCCUCUCCUUUAUUAUUAUAAGGUGGUUUAAAAUAUUUAGCCACUUAAUGUGUCUUAUUUCAUAAGCCGUCCCGUUCUUCCAAAACAAAGUUCAUCUCAUGGUUUUUUUUUUCCUAUAUUGUUUUGUUUCUCUUUUACCUGCAUGAUGCAACUCGAGUUUUCAAGUGGAGGUACUGUUUGACUGACCGGUGAACUGAAUGAGGAUGCAGUUUGCUGUAGCAUUCAAUUGAAUUGGGCCCAAGGAAAAUAGGUUUUUUUCCCCCGAAACUUUGCUUCCACUGGAGUUGGAGGGCUCAUCAUAGAAUCAGCCCUAUGUCAUCAUGGCCCAGCUUUUUCCCUGGUAACAGUUCCCAAGAUAAUGCUCUUAUGGGGAAAUAUUUUGCAUAAGGCUCCUGCAAAUUAAUCUAAUCCUAAAACAACAGUAUGAUCAUUCACUUUGAUAAGUGAUUUAUACAAAAAUUUAUUAUAUAAAUUUGAUAAGUGAUUUAUAUAAAAUACAACAAAUUUUGAAAAUUAGUCAUUGUCGUGUUUAUCUGAAUGCUUGCUUUUCUUGACCUAAACCCUUCUGAAAACCUUAAUGUCUCGAAUGGCAAGACAAAAGGCUGUUUCUUCUCCAUGUUCUUUAUGUUCUACUGACGCUUGGAUGCCACAGCAUAUGUGUCGAACACCAUUUUGUUAUUUUUAAAUGACUUUAGUCUAUUAAAAUUAAAUUUAGUUCUAAAGUUAGCAUUUACAAAAUUCGCAGAAUUUGGUAGGAAAUUGUUUGAAGUUUUAAAAAUAGCCUCCAAAUCUCUGUGAUGUUUUGGGUGUUUUUGUUUCGAUUUUUUUCUGCUCUUACUCUGAAUAAAACACAGAACAAACCAGGCAAAAACAAAAUCUCCCUCCUCUAGUGGGGGGAAGACACCCAGGAUGCCAGUUCUUAAUAGCAACUGGAAAUGUUUAUGACUAAAAUGUGUCAUUUGUAUUCAUAAUGUAGCUUCUCGUUAAUUCCAAUAGCUGAACAGCAUAAUGCUUUUUGCAUUGUGUAGCUGUUUGAUGCAGAGUAAGAUGAUGACACAAUUCCACUGAUGUGUGGCACACUGGCUUCGUUUGGAGUCUCUUUAUGUGAAUAGAAGAUCCAUAAUGGAUUCACUGACAUUGAUCAGGAAGAGCCUCAGUCUCGUGUCAGUGAAAGAACAGUCAGACUCAAGUCUGUAGAAUAUUUCUAAGCCUAAGCUUAGACAGGUCUAAGCUCAUUAGAUUGCAUUUAAAUAAUGUUUUGUUAUGUGUCAAAUGUGCAUGAGAUCCUUGGAUGAAAGGUGUUUUAUAAGCAUAAAGUAUUAAUAUUAAUGCUUAUCAUAAACUAGGAGGAAAUUCCAUUUAAAAUGAACCCCUUUCAGGGCCUUGGAGCUGAACCUUUGUCUUCUCAACAAAAUCCCAUAACAAAGUCUCCAUAUCCUGAUUAGUGGACUCAUUUUUUAAUACCUCGUUUACUCCUAGAGAUUUGUUUAAAAAAACAAACAAAAAACAACAACCAAGAAUGUGUCCUAUAUAUCUUAUACAAGAAGUGCUUUUUCCUCUGAGUCCAAGAAUAAUUCAGUAAAUAAGAAUAAUAUUCCUUAUGGUUGGACAUAAAUUGGCACCAAUGAAUGAGGAAACUUUGCUGCACCAGAAACAUCAAAAUCUACAAUGUCAGUUAUGGUAGUGAAAAAGUAGAGAAGAGAAGGGACAAUCAGUUCAUUUUAUUUUUAAGAUUUUAAGGUAAAAGAAAAAAACAUAAAUUAAAAAGGACUCAACAUAGGUCCUUUAAGUAAAGUGACAAGUGACAUCUUUCCUUGUAACUUCUGAAAUGUUGUACAGCCUAGUGUUUUUAAUUUUAGAAGUUAUGUUUAUAGUCCUAUACCUUUUCAUGUCUUGCUGUUCAUGAUAUUGAUCAUUUUCAAUUGUGGUUUGCUGUAGAGAAAGCUAUUUGAAAUUGUCCCUGUUCCCUUAAUUGGUUUGGUCAGAACACAUGGUUCAGUUGAAACAUUUUUUUGCUUUGCCAUUUUUUUAAUGAGGUUGUGUUUUGUAUUAAUAGGAUUAUGUUGUUAAUUUUUAAUAUACUUGGAGAGAUCUGUUGAAAACUGAAGAGGUAAAGAGGUUUUUUGCCAGUCUGAACAGUUGUCAGAAGUAUUUUAAUUUAUUGUUGAGACCAUUUGUCACCUUUUUCCAUUUGCCAUAUAAAUUGGUGCUACAGAGAGGUUAACAUUUGUUGGGAAUGCAAAAAUCAGUUAAAAAGGAGAGGCAACAGAAUUCCUAUGAAGGGGUAAAGACUUCAUUUUAAGAACAUACUAGAUCACUUAUUUGUUCGAUGAGUUCGUGGGGUGAUACGUCUGCCAAUCGCAAUGCUCGUUAAGGCCCUGGGAAAAAUUUCCCCAAAUUACUCAAGUCUUUGAUUUCUCUUAAUUUGCAUUUGAUGAGCUAUAUUAUUACUUUGGAGUGGCCUCUUGUUUUAGCAAUAGGAAGUAAAGAGCCCUUAGCUACUUUUUUGGGAUAUAUAUUUAAAUAUCACAUAUUUGAUGCACUUGUGGUAUUUGGAUACCAUGUUCCAUGUUCAGUUACAUCCCACAAUUUCUUCUUUCUUUUAAAAGAAAUUGGUGCCAUAUUGUUUUAUUUCUUAUUGCUUUUACAGAAAUUUGCAUACUGGGUAUUUGGACCAGCUCUGCUGGUCGUCUGGUGGAUAGAUCAUUGUUCUAGGAAUCAGGAGGCCAGCAUUCUAGUCCCAGUUCUGCCCAUAGCUGGCUAAUGUGGGCAGAGACAUCACACGCAUUUCGCAACGUGCUGCACCCCUACCCAGGUUCUUGCUCAUUGCCCUGCAUCCCAGCAGAUGCCAACCUGGCAGAGGCAAGAGUGCAGCGAGCAGCACACGAGAUUUUCCGGCCCAAAUUCUUGGGCCGGUGCUGAUCAGUCGUUCUUGACAGAGGCCCCUUGGCUCCAGUAAAUUAUUUCAGAUCACUAUCAUUUUAAACUUUCCAUCACACCAUGAACUCAUUAAUGCGUUAGCUUUUCCUGCUUACUGUCUUGAAAGGGCAGUUGAGUUCCAGUCACCCCCCCUCCCCCACAUCAUUCAAUCAAUUAUCUUUCAGAUGGGACUAUUUUUCCUGUUCUCUCCAUUUUAUCAUUUUCCUGUAGAUCCAAUUGGGCAGUGAAAACUGUUUGGAUAAAUUCUCCAUAAGUAGAUGUGAUAACGGUUUAUUUGAUGUGAAGAAGAGUAUUUUAUUACUAAAAUUUGUAGAAUAUUCCUAUUCUCUAAAGUGGACUUUUGGGGGAAGAGGGACUUUUUUUUUAAGUAAAUACUAUAUUAUUAUCAAAUGCAUAUCUUUGUACAUUUCCUCCCACUAUUUCUGUCUAUAGUAUUUUGGGAGAUUGUUGGUUAAGAGGGCUGGAUGUUUGCUUUUGUAUGUAUGUGCUAUGACUCUUUAUUUGGCUGCUCUGUUUGUAGGAGGACAAGAAGAGCAAAAAUGGAGCGAAUAAACUUCAUGCUUUUCCUAACUCAAAGUCACUGUGAUGUAUAUUUUUAAAAAAAGAAGAAAAAACAAAAACCUAGAAACAAAACUUCUCCCAACUGUAAAGUUAAUUUCAAAGUACUACUUCUUUUAAGCCAUUAGUCUAGCAACUGUUAAAUUGUAUGAUUUCUGCAAACUGCAUUUCAAAAACUCUGUGUAUGAACUUUUAUAGUUUAACAUUUAUUAAAUAAACUACAAUAUUAGUGAA